UAGUGAGAGGAAUUUUACUAGUGCUUUUGUCAUUUUAUUUAUUGUCAUUCAUAAAUUUUUUUGAGUACAUUGUAUAGAAAUGUUUUUUAGUGACUAGUUAUUUAUUGUCUUACAGUAGAAAGUGUAUCAUUCAUGUGGUAGCUAGUAGAAUUUGGAAAUAUCUCAGUAUUGUAUUGACUUUGCUCUAUUUGAUCUUGGAUUAGCUUAUCUGUGUGCAUAUUAUUCAGAUAUUUAUUGCUAUUAGUCAUUUGUUAUAAGGAAAUCAGUUUAGAAUAUAUAACUGUGUCACAAUGAAUAUUCUUUUGAUUGGAGAUUCGAUGAUUAAACGCUUGGAAGUGCAUUUAUCUGAGGAUUUGGAUGUUAUUUUUUACCGAGGAACAACCAUUGAGAGGUUAACCAGUAGAAUUUCUAAAAUAAAGAAACACUAUGAUUGGAUUUUAGUGCAUGUGGGCACCAAUAACAUAUCAGUUGAUAGUGUAGAAAUAAUACUUCAAAAGUAUAGGUCACUGGCUAAUGAGAUUUUACGAGUCAAUCCAAAGGCAAGAAUUAUUUUCUCCAGUAUCAUUCCUAGAGAUUUUAAUUACUUUGAAAAUGAUUACUGGAAAACUGUUGAACAUAUAAAAAUCUUAAACCAUAAGAUUGAAGCUGUAAAUAAAGCAUUAGAAAAGUUGUGCCAUAAUGAAGAUGCUUUUAUCUUUUGCAGUUCUAACAAGCCAUCCUGGUCUGGUUUCCUGGGAAAAGAUGGUUUACAUCCUAAUAAAAGUGGUGAUCUUCGCUUGGCCAAUUAUUUCUGUAGGUUUUUAAAGAAAUGCAUUUCUUCAGAUAAUGCAUCUCGAAAGAGGAAAAAUUGCCAGUUGAUCACCUCGGGAUAUAUUUUGGAUUCUUUGGAGUUUCCUCCAUUGCCUUCCUGUGAUCAGCCUUCAUUUUCAUCAUCAUGGCCACAGCAUUCUGGUGCUGCUGUGCCUUGUAGCGAGGUACCAACUUUUGUUGACCCAGUUCCUUCAUAUGUUUCUUCUUUUCCAUCAGCUUCUCAAAAGGAUCAAAAAUGCCAAUCAGUUGCUCCUAAAUUCAUUUUGGAUUCUACUGAGUUUCCUGCAUUGUCUUCCUCAAGGCAAUCUUCAUUUUUAUCAUCUUGGUCUAAACAUCCUGCUUCUUGGCCUUUGGCACGGCCAUCUGUUUCAGCUUGUGCAGUCUCAACCGCUUCUUGCUCUCUUCCACCCUCUCCGCCUGUGCCUCGCUCUCUCCCAGCCUCUCUGCCUGUGCCUCGCUCUCUCCCAGCCUCUCUGCCUGUGCCUCGCUCUCUCCCAGCCUCUCUGCCUGUGCCUCGCUCUCUCCCAGCCUCUCUGCCUGUGCCUCCUACUGGUCAUGUUCAAUUUCUUAUACCUAUUGCUUCUUAUAUGCCUAUGGUUCAGUUCGUGCCAUUCCAUUCUGUUGCUGUGUCCUAUCCUCCAUUUUAUGUACCUGUUGUUCCACCAUUUCUACCUGCUGCUGUUUCCUCUCUUCCAACAUGCAGUCAGUCAGUUGUUGCAUGCACUCUGCAAACCCACUCUGAACCAGAACCUGCUCGCACAUCCCCAGUCCACUCUGAACAGAACCUGCUCGCACAUCCCCAGUCCACUCUAAACCAGAACCUGCUCGCACAUCUCCAGUCCACUCUAAACCAGAACCUGCUCGCACAUCUCCAGUCCACUCUGAACCAGAACCUGCUCGCACAUCUCCAGUCCACUCUGAACCAGAACCUGCUCGCACAUCUCCAGUCCACUCUGAACCAGAAGCUUCUCGCAUUUCCCCAGCCCAGUGUCGGCCAGCAUGUCCUUCUAACAAACUUGGAAAAGCAAGAAUUACUAAGAUAAGUAAAAAUAUUUUUUCAAAAUGUGACAAAAAUAUCUAUGGAAAUGUUAUUUGCAGUAUUCCUACAACAAAUAAAUUUGCAGGGUUACUAGAUGAUUGUAAAGAAGAAAAUAGGACAGAUAUAGUUUUGGCUCUAAAUUUAAAAAAAAUAAAUAUCACUGGAGGAGGUACUCAAAAUUUCUCAUAUUCAAAGACUUGUGAUUAUUGUUCGAAAACUUAUAUGUCCAAGUCAUCAUUUUCAAAGCAUUUAAGAAAAUAUAAAUGUGUAGAACGCGUUAAGAGUACUUACCCUAAAAAAUGUGAGGUAUGCUUAAAAUUUUAUUCCUCGAGAUCCUCUUUUGCAAAUCAUUUAAAACGCUGUCAACCAAAGAUUUGUGAUGUUUUACCAAAAAGCAAUUGCAAUAAUUUA